AUGAUAGACGGCUUUGCGGGGCCGGGCGGCACGCCGCAGAAUCUGAUUCGGGCGCUGCGCGACCACGGGGCAAAAGACCUGACGAUUAUCAGCAAUACGGCGGGGCUUGCGAGCGUCAUUGGCUUCGGCACCAUUCCGGGUGACCGUCCAAUCGACAUCGGCAUACUCGUGGACAACGAGCAGAUCAAGAAGGUUGUGGCGUCGUUCCCGGUGUCUCCGUCGCCGUCUCGCCCUACUUCUUAUGAGCGCGCGUACCGCGAGGGCAAGGUGGAGCUUGAGCUUGUGCCGCAGGGGACGCUUGCGGAGCGCAUUCGCAUUGGAGGCGCGGGCAUACCGGCGUUCUACACGCCGACCGGCGCGGGCACGCUGCUGGCGGAGGGCAAGGAGACGCGCGUCUUCGACGGCAAAGAGCAUGUGCUCGAAUAUGCGUUGAAAGCCGACUUCGCGCUGCUGCGGGCGCACAAGGGCGACCCUAUGGGCAAUAUCGUGUAUCGCGGCACAUCACGCAACUUCAACGGAGUUAUGGCGACUGCGGCGCGGACGACUAUUAUGGAAGUAGAUGAGGUGGUUGAAGUCGGCGAAAUCGACGGGCAUGGCGUUCAUACGCCCGCCAUCUAUGUGAACCGCAUCGUCAAGAUUUAG